AACCCAGUUGGGGUAGGACAUGUGCCAGGUAGAGGAGCUGUUAGAGGGGCUGGAGCUGAAGACAGAAAGCUAACAGCAAAAACAAGGACCAAAGAGAACAAGCAGAGAAGAACAGAGGAGAGGGAGAGUGAAGAAGUGGAGCGAAAAAUGGAAAGUAGAGAAACAAGAAGCAAAUUAAGGAGUGCAAGCAGGAGGAAUGAAGAAAAAAGUAGUCAAGACAAAGAUAAAAAGAGCAGCAGCAAGGACAGCAACGAAGGACAAAGCAGGAAAGACAGUUGAAGGAAAAUAAAACGAAGGACAGAAAAAGACUGAAGAAGGCACAGCUGAUGUACUACUCUGGAGGAGGACAUCGUGAAAAUGGUGGAAUCCGAGGAAACCGAGGAGAUAGAGGUAGAGGCCGAGGUGCCCCUACUGGAGCUGACGGAGGGCAAGACUGGAGUUGCUACAACUGUGGGAAGGUAGGGCAUCUUUCAACACACUGCCCAGUAGGAGAAGGCUAAGGAGAGUGACCGUCCCCACCUGCAGGCAUGCAGGUGAACAACCCAUUUGGAAGAGGAGGUGGACGAGGGGGCAACCAACAUAGGAUGAGGCGGAAACAGAAGAAGAAAUGAAUGAAGAAAACAAUGAUGAAGAACCUUAAGAAACUGUCAAAUGCUAAAAUUGACCCCCAUGUCAACCCAGAACCCCCUUAUUGAUACCUUAGUUAAUAAACAUCAAAUUCAAUUUUGGUGGACACUGGGACAGAAGUCUUGGUGUUGAAAAUGUCUUCCCUGUCUGUCUCCCCCUCAAAGAAAACAAUGCACACAGUGGGAGCGUCUGGAAUUCCCUCUGAAGAAUGUUUAACUUUUCCCCUGGACGUGGACAGGGGAAAUGGAGACACCGAUUCCUGUACUCCUCCGCCUGCCCAGUAAAUUGAUUAAGAAGAGAUUUGAUGUGUAAAAUGAAUUUAUCUGUUGCCUGUACUGAAGAAGGAUUGUCAUUGGCAUAGAGAGAAAAUGGAAUCUUCCCAUGCCUGAUGAACUGUUACUAUGCUUGGCACCUGAAUAAUCACCAUGUUGAGGGUCAGCUGAGAAAGCAAUCCCUCUCAGGGGGAUCCCUCCCCGUUGCAUGAAACUGGGAAGUGUCUGAACACUUACAUUGUACUGCUCCUGUUCCCUCAAGCAAAGAAGACCCUGAAUACCAACAGAGAUGGUCAAAACUAAAAGAGAAAGUUGAGAUAACCAUAAAUGGAAUAUACAGAGGAGAAGACUUCGUAGGAAACAGGAAACUGUAAACAGGGCUGUGAGACAUUUUAAUCCCUAGACACAUGAAAAGUGUGAUGUAUACUGAGGGUACUAAGGAACUUGGAGAUGGGGAUUGUGCCGAUAAAGUGGGGGACAGUUUGCGGGACACAACCCAGAGGGGCAGAUUCUGAGUGGACAGCAUUACCCUCUGCCUGAGACGAUAACGUGGAGCCGGGUUCCGGUGGCGCUCUUCCUGUCGUCGAUACCUGGAGGUGGUCUUGAGAAGAGCCAACUGGGCUCUCUUCCAGGUACGGUGACAGUGGCGGAUGAAUUUCUGGGCCGAGGGUAUGCUGACCUCUUCUUCUUGCUCCGGGAAGAGCGGGGGCUGAUAUCCCAGGGAGCACUCAAAAGGCGAGAGACAAGUGGCUGAGCAAGGGAGGGUGCUGUGGGUGUACUCUACCCACACAAGCUGCUGGCUCCAGGUGGUGGGAUUGUCGGAAACCAGGCAGCGAAAAGUUGUCUCCAGGUCCUGAUCGGCUCGCACCGACUGGCCAUUAGACUGGGGGUGAAACCUGGAGGACAGGCUGGCCAAUGACCCAAUGAGAGUGCAGAUCGCCUUCCAGAUCUGGGACGAAAACUGAAGACCUCAGUCGGAGACCAUGUCCACCGGAAGUCCAUGGAUCUAGAAGACGUGCUGCACCAUGAGCUGGGCCAUCUCCUUCGCUGAGGGUAGCUUGGGAAGAGGGAUGGUGGGCGGCUUUGGAAAACUGGUCCACCACGGUAAGGAUAACUGUGUUGCCAUCAGAAGGGGGGAGACCAGUGACGAAGUCCAGGGAUAUAUGUGCCCAGGAACAGGAAGUUGUUGAAGGAGGUCAGCCGGAGCUUGCCGAGGAGUCUUAUUCUGGGCACACACGUUGCAGGCGGCGACGAACGCGGAGACGUCUGGUACCAAGGUGGGCCACCAAAAAUGUUGUUGUGCAAAGGCCAGGGUCCGACGGGAGCCAGGAUGGCAGGCCAGCCGAGAGGAGUGAGCCUGUUCCAGAACAGAGUCCGGGACAAACAUCCGUUUAGCCGGGCCCCUCCCCCGGGGUCUGGCUAGAAACGCUGUGCCUCAUGGACCCGGUUCUCUAUACCCCAGAUGAUUGCAGCCGCAACACAAAAGGAUGGUCUCAGGGUCCUAUUGUGUAGCAGUGGGGCAAUAGAGGCGUGACAGUGCAUCCAGCUGCACAUUCUUGGACCCCAGGCAGUAGGAGAUGGUGAAGUUAAAUCGGGUGAAUAGCAGGGCCCAUCGAGCUUGCCUGGAGUUGAAGCGCUUGGUGGUUUUUGUGAUCUGUCCAUACUAUGAAUGGGUGUUCCGCCCCCUCUAACCAGUGCCUCCACUCCUCCAACGCCAUCUUCACCGCCAGAAGUUUCCGGUUACCCACGUCGUAAUUCCUUUCCUUGGGGUUGAGACGAUGGGAGAGGAAUGCGCAAGGAUGCAGCUUUUGGUAUUGGGCCGAAUGCUGGGACAGGACAGCCCCCACUCUGACAUCCGAGGCAUCGACCUCCACCACAAACUGCUGUGACGGAUCUGGAUAGAUUAGGAUGGGGCCGGUAAUUAGGAUGGGGCCGGCAACAUCAGAUGGUUUUGUGAUGAAUACGCCAUCUGAUUCGAUGAAAAAUGGAGUUGAAUUAGUCUUUCUGUCCAUCAUUUCAUUUAAAGUACUCCAAAGUUGUUUUCCAUCAUUCUUUAUAUCAUUGAUCUUGGCUUCAUAAUACAGUUUCUUCUUCUAUUUGUUGAGUUUAGUCACAUAAUUUCUCAAUUUGCAGUAAGUAAGCCAGUCAGAUGUGCAGCCAGACUUAUUAGCCACUCCCUUUGCCCCAUCUCUUUCAACCAUACAGUUUUUCAAUUCCUCAUCAAUCCAUGGAGCCUUAACAGUUCUAACAGUCUGUUUCUUAACAGGUGCAUGUUUAUCAAUAAUUGGAAGAAGCAAUUUCAUAAAUUCAUCAACUGCCACGUCUGGAUGCUCCUCAAUAAUCACAUCAGACCAACAAAUAUUUUUAACAUCAUCCACAUAAGAGUCACAGCAAAAUCUUUUGUAUGAUCUCUUAUACACUAUCUUCGGCCCAGCUGUUGGAACUUUGGCUUUCCUGGAUAUUGCCACUAUAUUGUGAUCACUGCAUCCAAUGGGUACAGAUACAGCUAUAGAACAAAGUUUUACAGUAUCAGUAAAAAUGUUAUCGAUACAUGUGGAUGAUCUUGUUCCUGUAGUGUUUGUUAACACCCUGGUAGGUUGAUUAAUAACCUGAACCAGAUUACAGGCACUGUUUACAGUAAGAAGCUUGAGGGGACAGCUUGAUGAAACAGCAGAGGGAGCACUCCCCUAUCCACAUCGACGGGACAGUAGUGGAGAGGGUGGAAAGUUUUAAGUUCCUCGGCGUACACGUCACGGACAAACUGAAAUGGUCCACCCACACAGACAAUGUGGUGAAGAAGACACCAAAAACACUCACAAACUUUUACAGAUGCACAAUCGAGAGCAUCCUGUCGGGCUAUGUCACCGCCUGGUACGCAACUGCUCCACCCACAACCGUAAGGCUCUCCAGAGGGUAGUGAGGUCUGCAGAUUUAAAGAGGAGUCCGUAAUUUGCUUUCUAAUGAUCAUGAUCUUUUCCUCAAAGAAGUUCAUGAAUUUAUCACUGCUGAAGUGAAAGCCAUCCUCUCUUGGGGAAUGCUGCUUUUUAGUUAGCUUUGCGACAGUAUCAAAAAAACAUUUUGGAUUGUUCUUAUUUUCCUCAAUUAAGUUGGAAAAAUAGGAUGAUCGAGCAGCAGUGAGGGCUCUUCGAUACUGCACGGUACUGUCUUUCCAAGCUAGCCGGAAGACUUCCAGUUUGGUGUGGCGCCAUUUCCGUUCCAAUUUUUUGGAAGCUUGCUUCAGAGCUCGGGUAUUUUCUGUAUAACAGGGAGCUAGUUUCAUAUGACAAAUGUUUUUUUUUUUUAGGGGUGCGACUGAUUUAGGGUAUUGCGCAAGGUUAAAUUGAGUUCCUCAGUUAGGUGGUUAACAGAUUUUUGUACUUUCACCAUAAAAUGGUGGUCCGAUAGUCCAGGAUUGUGAGGAAAAACAUUAAGAUCCACAACAUUUAUUCCAUGGGACAAAACUAGGUCCAGAGUAUGACUGUGGCAGUGAGUAGGUUCGGAAACAUGUUGGACAAAACCCACUGAGUCGAUGAUGGCUCCGAAAGCCUUUUCCGAAAGCCAAUAAAUUUGGUCACAUUUGAUUUGAUGAAAACCAGUCAAUAUUCAGGUCCCCAAGAAAGUAGACCUCUCUGUUAACAUCAUAUACACUAUCAAGCAUUACACACAUAUUAUUUAGAUACUAACUGUUAGCACUUGGUGGCCUAUAGCAACUCUCCAAAAGAAAAGGCUUUAGAUGUGCCAAGUGAGCCUGUAUCCCAAACACUUCAAUAACACUUGACAUAAGAUCUUCUCUAAGCGUUACAGGGAUAUAUAUAUGGCUCUGAAUAUAUACAGCAACACCUCCCCAUAAGCAUUUAUGUCUCUUCUAUAGAUGUUGUAUCCUUGUAUUGCUUCUGCUGUAUCAUCAAAUUAAUUAUCUAAGUGAGUCUUAGAAAUGGCUAAUAUAUGAAUGUUAUCUGAUUAUUGAUUUCAUGAACCUUAUUUCUAAGGCUACAUAUAUUAAUAUGGGCUAUUUUCAGCCCUUUCCUGGGUAGCUUAUCGGCCUGGGCCUAUCACAUGGGCUGGUGGUGUGUUUUCCAGUCCUGUGGGCGCGCUCCACCUCAAUCUUCUUGUGGUCCAUCUUCAAUUUCUAAGAGAUCAUUUUCCUCACUUUGUCCUCAGACUCCGUCCAGGUCUCAUGUGGAGAUUCUGCAAUUCCGUCCACAACCAUGUUGUUCCGCCUUGAUUGUCCCUCGAGAUAGUCUGACUUGUCCGUCAUUGUUAUCAUGGAUUCACACACAGAACUGAUGUCUUCUUUCAAUGACUUACAGAUUGCUGUCAUCUUGCCGUUUUCCUGUUUCAACUCAUUGAGCUGACCCUGCAAAUUGUUCUUCAGGUCCUGGACCUCUCUGGUCAGGUCGUCCAUUCUUUUAUUAGUAGAAUCCACAAGUAUUUGGACAAAACACUUGAAGCUUUUUUUCUUGUUGUUGUAACAACUUCUUUGUAGGACUCUUUUUUUUCGUUUAAAAGAUCCUUCACGUGUGGUAGAGAGACACCACUGUCCUCAAUGGUACUCCCGCCAGCUUUGGUCUUUGUCAUGGUAGCUAGCAACAUAGGUUAUGCUGAACUCCUCGCAGUUCCAGACAGGGCAGGUCACAGGGAAGAUUGAAAAUAACAAACAGCAGGGAUCUAGACAGCCACAAACCCGGGACAAUCUGUGGUACCAUCCACAAUGGCUAACCGCGUCAUGGGCUGCGUUCAAGGAAACCCUGUUAGCUUGAUAUGCAGCUAGCUAGCAGCUAAGCUAGCUGCGACGCAAAAUACCUACUCAGACACGUCCUUGGUCGGCAGGAUCACUGGACAGAGACUUGCAGUCUCAGCAACUGUUGCCAACUGCGUCGCGGGAUCCAAACUAAGAAGUUAGCUAGCUACCAAGAAUUUUCCAAUACACUUUCAAAUAACAAACUUUUCAAAACAACAAAACCGAGCUCUUCCUCGUUCCGCAUUCAACAGGAAGUGACAAGUGGUGUGGGCGACUCUGCCAAUUGAGCGCUCAUCCAACACUCUGACGUACAUGGGAUUGGAGAGGGUUGUGUGGGGAUUCCUAGCUCCGACACCAGGGUAGCGUCCAUAAAGCUCUCGUCGGCCCCAGAGUCUAUGAGCACCUGAAGAGAUUUGGACCGGUCACCCCACAGCAGGGUAGCAUGGAAAGGGGUACAAGCAAUGGAAGAUGGGAAACUCCCCAUACUGCUCACCGGCAUACUUGUACUAGUACCUCCUUGAUGAGCCUGGUUCUUUAAUGGGCAGGUAGAUAAAAAAUGCCCUUAGCUCCACAAUACAGACAGCUCUGGGUGUUAAGUCUGCAUAAGCGCUCAGCAUUAGACAAUCUAGCCCUGCCUAGUUGCAUGGCCUCCGGAGGAGAUGACUCCACAGCCCUCGUGACCUCUGACAGACUUGGGUCGACAUCGGAUCGACUCAGAAAUGUGGGCUUCUGGGAGUUUUUUCUGGGAGUCCUCUGAGGCGAGGUGGAAAUCGAGGAUGAGCGUUGGCGACAGAGAACAGACUCCCUCUCCCUCCUACAUUCCUGUAGCCACCCAUCGAUCAGGAUGGUCAAGGCUAUGAGGGAGUCGAGGUCCAGGGGCAGCUCCCAUGCUGCGAGCUCGUCUUUAAUCACCUCCGACAACCCGUGAAGGAACGCAUUGAAUAGGGCUUCCGGGUUCCAGGGACUCUCAGCUGCCAACGUGUGAAAAUCCCCUGCGUAGUCUGCCACACUAUGGGAAUCGUGACGUAGUGGCGGGCUGCCUCACAGACAAUAUGCAGAAUUGCUCCAGCAAUGUGUUGAAGGUACGGUCCUGGCUUUCCGCCAAGGUCUGGAAUCCUUCCAUAAGACCUUGAAGUAACUCCUCGUGUCUUUCAAUGGUGGCUCCCUGGGAUGAGACGACGUUGCCGAGUUGGUCCGAGUCUCCUGGGUCAGUCAUGGCCAGUUCGUACUAUCACAACUCAGGAUAUGAUCCAGAUGCAGACACGGGAUGCGGAUAGUACAGUUCUUCGAUUAUUCAUUAAAAACACGGGGCAGGCAAGUUGCAGGCAAAGGGCAGGGUGAGGGCAGGCAGAGGUUCGUGAUCAGGACGGCAGGCAGGCUUGGGGUCAGGACAGGCAGAGGUGUCACACCCUGAUCUGUUUCACCUGUCCUUUCGCUUGUCUCCACCACCUCCAGGUGUCACCCAUCUUCCCCAUUAUCCCCUGUGUAUUUAUACCGGUGUUCUCUGUUUGUCUGUUGCCAAUCUCUGAAACCAAUCUCUGAAAAUUAAAUUAGUUAAAUUGAUUGGUGAAAUAAGCCUGACAUCGGUGAAAGUGCUUCCAUUGGCACUGAUGAGUAUGAGAGGCCGAUCCCAUAGAUUCACUGAUCUCUCUCCACACGAGGUGCUGACUAGUCGUACUAUGCAAAUGACAAAUGCACCUUUCACCCAGAACAGGUUGUCCAUGCAAGGAAUGGAGGAAGACAUGGUUGAGUAUUGUGUCACCCUUAACAGUGUUCUCAAGACUCUCUUACCUCGAAUGAAGGCGUCUUUUCCAAACUUGGCAGGUGGAGCUGUGCACUGUUUGAGCCUAGGUGAUUUCGUGGCGGUCAAAGACUUCAGGAGAAAGAGUUGGAAGGACCCCAGUUGGAGAGGGCCAUACCAAGUUCUUCUGACCACCCCCAUUGCGUUGAAGGUUGCUGAGAGAGAUACCUGGAUCCACGUGUCGCACUGCAGACGAGUUCCUGAUCCAGGAGAAGAUGGGGCUUUGCCAGUUCCGGUGGUGCAGUGCGCCCCUCUGCAUUAGUACAGGAGUGUUAAUAAGAACAGUAGGUUGUCCUUUUGUUGGAAACCUGACAAACGGUGAGAUAAGUCCCAAAGGGGCCAAUGCCGGUUCGGAGUAGUGGCCCAGAAGUAGAUGAUCAUUGGAGAAGGAGAGCCCUGCGGGGCCCUCAUAACCAUGAGGAAAAUCUCUACCUCUCUAGAUCAGAAAUGGUUGCUAAUCUUACAUCUGGACAAAAGGUAGGAGCAGGUUUACCACUUGUGGGAGUCCCCUUAGGGGUAAAUCUGACUAUACAAAUGGACCAUUCCUGGAAGAUAUGCCACGUGACCCUGAACCCAUGACGUUUUCUGCAUUAUAUAACCACAUAGGCACACCAUCGUUUGCUAGGCCAGAUAAUACUUUACUCCUACCCAUCUCAGUAGCAGGAGUGAUGACAGCCCCUUGUUGUAUUAGAGGAGAAGGAAGAAAUAAUUUGGGUGAACUACAAUGUAUUACAACGGGUCCAAUACCUGUAAGUUAACUGUUAACAAUGCGGACACUGGGAAACCUGGUAAUGUUACUUAUGGUAUUUCAGUUUAUAAUGUUAUUAUCCCUUUGAGAGGAGCCCCAAAUGGCACAUAUUGGUUGUGUGGGAAAAAAGGCUUACUAUAGCCUGGCCCUGAACCAGGGAGGUAGUUGUACUGUUGGGUUUGUGGUAACAGCUAUGAGAGCCGUUCCAAACAAUGAUAAGAGUCUGAAGGAUCUGUUAGAGACUACAAACCUGGAUUGAGGAGACAUAAGAGGACUCUGGCUGACAUCACUCACACUCAGGCACCUGCCUCCAGGUUCUUCUCUCUGUGUUUUUCUCUGGGGUAUGGAGUUGCAUGUGCACUAGAUCAAAUUUGUGAUAUCUCUAAACACAUGGAGGAAAUUGGCAAUUCUACUCUAAAUGCCCUGGAACAAUUGAAUGACUAAUUAGAAAGGUUCAUGUAGAUGACUGACUGAUCGUGUAUGUAGGAAUUCUCACUGUCACUGUUCCUCAACUUGGCAGUACGCCCAGAAUAUUAUUAUGGGAACAACCGAGGUCUCAGUUUCAAGGUCUCAACUUGGAGAAAGAGAGUGCCUCGUGAGGUAUUGGUCAGUCACAUGUGCAAGCCACCAGUCACAUGUGUGAGCCACCAGUAGUGAUGAAUGUAUUAUGCUAAAUCAUGCAAAUAUAACUUUUCUGUGUAUAGCCGUAUAUAAGACAACUGCUGGGACCGCCCCAAGGGAGCAUCUGAUAGACCUGUACAGUGUGCAGAGUGUGUUGUAACCUCUCCAGCUUGUUGAUAAUAAAGCUUGGCUUGAGGUGUCACUGGUGUUGAAUUUCCACAACAAAAUUCAGCAAGAUUUUGAGGAAAGUUACUCUGCACACACACACCCCUCUGUCCCUUAGUGAUUGCUGUUGGCUCAAUUUCUCCUCUGACCUCAAAGAAUCAUAGAAUAUCAAACAGGGAUGAGUGAGAGACCAGAGGCUCUGGAAGACACAUCACUGAGAAUGUGUUCUCAGAGAUCAGAGCUAGUAGGGAGAAAGUAUAUCUGUUACCACUGUGGUAAUACCCAAUGCCAUUGAGACCUUUGGCUGUGGCUCAGGGAUGGUAUAGUAGCAAAAAUACUAGGAUAUCCUAGGUGGAAAGAAAAAUGUAUACUUAUAUAUACCAUACUUGUUUAAAGGGACGUCGCACAAUUCAAGUGAUAACUGGAUGUCUGUCGUCUGUGACUGAUGUUUUCCUGACUAUAUAAUCUGACCUGUAAAAACUCCUGUCCCUAGAGAUGACCUGCUACCACACACACACACCUUUAGAGGAGCGCAUCCAGCAGCACGUGACCAUGUUGCAACGUCUGGGCACCGCCAUGGAUCGCGUGCUGCAGACGAUGGAUUGUUGGGAGAGAGGCGAAUCCCGGUCCCAGCGGGAUUCGGCUCCUGCGGGAGUAUGAUGGGACGGCUGCCGGAUACCAGGGGUUCCUACUCCAGCUGGAACUCUACCUGGCGACCGUCCACCCGGCUCCUUCGCGACGUGAGAGCGUGUGUGCCCUCGUCUCCUGCCUCUCAGGCAAAGCCCUGGAGUGGGCCAACGCCGUAUGGAGUGAAGGAGACGCGGCAUUGGACCAUUACGCAGAGUUCACCCGCCGCUUUCGGGCAGUUUUCGACCACCCGCCUGAGGGUCGAGUGGCAGGUGAACGUCUGUUCCACCUGAGGCAGGGGACGAGGAGCGCGCAGGAUUUUCCUUUGGACACCCACCACAGUAAAGGAAGUGUAGCGGUUCCUAGGGUUUGCCAACUACUACCGGAGGUUUAUCCGGGGCUUUGGUCAGGUAGCAGCUCCCAUUACCUCACUGCUGAAGGGGGGACCGGUGUGACUGCAGUUGUCGGCUGAGGCGGACAGGGCCUUUGGUCACCUGAGGGCUCUGUUUACCUCGGCUCCCGUGCUGGCUCCUCCGGAUCCCUCUUUGGCGUUCAUAGUGGAGGUGGACGCGUCCGAGGCUGGGAUAGGAGCCGUGCUCUCUUAGCGCUCGGGCACGCCACCAAAUCUCCGCCCCUCUUCUUUUCGAAGAAGCUCAGCCCGGCGGAGCAAAACUAUGAUGUGGGGUACCGGGAGCUGUUGGCUGUCGUCAAGGCUCUGAAGGCGUGGAGACAUUGGCUUGAGGGGGCGAGACACCCUUUUCUCAUCUGGACUGACCACCGCAAUCUGGAGUACAUCCGGGCUGUGAGGAGACUGAACCCCCGCCAGGCAAGGUGGGCCAUGUUUUUUACCCGUUUUGUGUUCACCCUGUCCUACCGACCAGGUUCCCAGAACGCUAAGGCAGACGCACUGUCCCGGAUGUAUGACACAGAGGAGCGGUCCAUGGAUCACACUCCAUGGAGUGGGCGUUACGUACAGAGCCCACUCCUCUCCAGUGUCCAGCUGGGCGUCUGUACGUUCCGUCUGCUGUCCGCGACCGGUUGAUCUAUUGGGCCCACACGUCACCCUCCUCUGGUUAUCCUGGCAUCGGUUGGACAGUGCGCUGUUUUAGUGGGAAGUAUUGGUGGUCCACCUUUGCCGAGGACGUGAGGGUUUAUGUGUCCUCCUGCUCGGUGUGCGCCCAGCGCAAGGCUCUCAGGCACCUUCCCAGAGGGAAGUUACAACCCCUACCCGUUCCACAACGGCCGUGGUCGCACCUGUCGGUGGACUUCCUGGCGGCUCUUCCUCCCUCACAGGGCAACACCACGAUCCUGGUCGUUGUGGAUCGGUUUUCUAAGUCCUGCCAUCUCCUCCCUUUGCCCGGUCUCCCUACGGCCCUACAGACUGCGGAGGCCCUGUUCACUCACGUCUUCCGGCACUACGUGGUGCCUGAGGACAUAGUCUCUGAUCGGGGUCCCCAGUUCACGUCCAGGGUAUGGAGGGCGUUCAUGGAACAUCUGUGGGUCUUGGUCAGUCUCACAUCAGGUUUUCACCCCGAGAGUAACGGGCAGGUGGAGAGAGUAAACCAGGAUGUGGGUAGGUUUCUGCGGACAUAUUGCCAGGACCGGCCGGGGGAGUGGUUGGCGUUCAUCCGCUGGGCAGAGAUGUUCCAAAACUCACUCCGACUCUCCUCCACUAACCUCUCCCCUUCCAGUGCGUACUGGGGUAUCAGCCGGUUCUGGAACCUUGGCAUCAGAGCCAGAUCGAGGCUCCUGCGGUGGACGAAUGGUUUAAGCGCUCGGAGGAGACCUAGGACGCCGCUCAUGUGCACCUGCAACGGGCCGUGAGGCGGCAGAAGGCGAGCGCCUUCGAAACCUGCCCCUCCGCCUGCCCUGCCGGAAGCUGGGCCCGCGGUUUGUGGGGCCAUUCAAAGUCCUGAGGAGACUGAACGAGGUAUGCUACAGGUUACAGCUUCCCCCAGAUUACCGUAUUAAUCCCUCGUUCCAUGUGUCUCUCCUCAGGCCGGUGGUGGCUGGUCCACUCCAGGAGUCUGAGGUGCGGGAGGUUUCUCCGUCCUCUCUGGACAUCGAGGGGGCCCCGGCGUAUGCUGUUCGAGCCAUCUUGGACUCGAGGCGUCGGGCGAGGGGCCUUCAGUACCUCGUGGAGUGGGAGGGGUACGGUCCGGAGGAGCAAUACUGGGUGCCGAUGGAGGACGUCUUUGACCUGAAGCAGGAGCUGGACAAGGAGGGCAGUCGCUGCUCCCUGCUCUCCCGGCAGCAUCGCUUCAACGAGCGCUGCUGCAUACACUGCUGCUCUCACUUCACCUUCCUGGUCAACUGCAUGUGCCAGUGUCUGGACUGCCAGUACAACGUCUGCAAGACCUGGUGCUCCUACAGCAAGAAAGACACAGCCUGGGUCUGUUCAGCGUGCCAGGAGGGCAGUCCUCCUUUCUCUGUUCUCUCUGUUUUCUCUCUCUUCUCUCUCUGUUCUCUCUCUCUUUUCUCUCUCUCUUCUCUCUCUGUUCUCUGGAGUGGUUCUACAACAAUGUGAAGUGUUGCUUCAGGAAGUUUGGCAGUGCCAAGGUGCUGAAGACAGUAUACAGGAAAAACCUGGUGGAUCACGGGACGCUGGGAGAACUCACAGGAUAUGCAGAGCGAAGCAAGGUAUUUGCGGGACCACGGGGAGGAGCUGAUUGAGGAGCUGGCCUCAACCAUCGUACAGAAAAUCAUCCGGCGGAGGAAGAACCUGGUUGAGAUGAAGCCAGACUGUGACCUGGACUGGCCCCCAGGCAACCAGAGUGGUGAAAAGCCUUUGGCUUCAUGCUGUCCCAGCUCCCAGCCCCAGAUCACCACAUCAGUCCACGCCAAGUGCUCUGGGGUUUCCCAGGACUCUCAGCAGGGGCUGAAGGAGGAGGGAGGAGCGGCAGGGUUACCCAGCUGGAAGAAUAUUGACCGCCUGGACAACUCCAGUGUGUCCUCAGUGCUGAAGAGCCCUGACGGGAACUGGAUCGCCUUGCAGAGCACCCAGCUCUAUCGGCCCAGCCUGCUGACCAAGAGGAAGUCGCUGGUAUUCAGUGUCCUGGAGUGGGAAUUCGGUGUGAUAUCCGCCUGCGACGAAAUGGGCUCUUACAACGCCGAGGGGGCCUGGGACGCUGCCCUGCUAGAGAUACGCAGGAAGAUGACCUCCAACGCCAACAACAACCAGGGGUCAGAGGUUCCAGAUGCCCAGGCCUCUGCUGGCCAGCAACCCAGCAUCCCAUCACCCUCGCUGGGCCACCACGCCAGCACAAGCACCCUCAACUUCGAGUCUGAGAGGUACUCGGAGGUGUCACUGCACAAUAUCACCACUGAGGUGCUGAAGGUGUUAAACGCGACAGAGGACCGACUCCAGGGGGUGGAGGGAGUUGACUGCACCCCCUCACUGUCCCCCAACAUUGACACAAAGAGGCUGGACAAACAACUCAUCAGACUGGAAGAGAAUGUGUAUGUGGUGGCGGGCACAGCUUACGGUUUGGAGGCGGAGCUUGGCGACCUGGAGGACUGUGCCCGGGCCGUCGGCGGUGCCACCUCAGACCUGGAGCUGUCCUACCUGGAGGAGCAGGUGGCAACGGCUUCCGCCCAGGUCCAGCAGUCUGACCUCCAGGUGUCGGAAAUCACAGCCAGGAUCGCAGCUCUGAAGAUCGCAGGUCUCAACGUGGUCUCACAGAACCGCUUCUCUAAGCCCCAAGAACAGCCUAAGCCACAAACAUUGGACUCUUCACGGCAAACGAGGAGGCGGCUACCUGCUCCACCCUUGAAGGAUAAAGAAACCUAAGCCGGACUGACCGGGCAUGUUGACCACUGCCAUGACCCCUUGACUCCCCCCACACCAGUGCCUUGAGCCCCUUGUCCAGUCAGGACGGUGCCAUCAGUGUCCAGUAAGGGGGUUGCUACCCUGCCACCAAGACACUACAGAGUACAGACUGACAGUCUUACCACUACUUCUGGCACUGUGGAUAAAGACAAGAGUUGUACAUUUCUUAAUAAUGAGAGAUAGUAGCUACAUACUUUAUGUAAAUUUGAAAUGAAUUAAGUUAAGAAACAAAGCAGUUUUUAUAGAAUCUUUAUCUUAAAUAUGCUGUUGAGUGAAAUGUCAAUCAUCUCUUUGUUAUUGGACCUUUCAACCAAUCGGUGACCAGAGCCAUUUUUCUAUAGCUUAAUGAGAAUGUUGUUAUGACGAUGGAGAUGUAACUCUAACAGAUGUGUGGCUAUUGUCUGAAAGGCAAGCUAUGAUUUAUACUACUGCUUGUUUUAACAUGUUUUUAACAGUUAACAUAUUUGAUCAAUAUUUAUAAAAGACACUGGUCUAUCAUUGUUGUGGGAACAAUCAUUACAUAAAAGAGACAAUUAUUGAAAUACGUGCAAAAUAACAUUCCUAAUAUCAAUAAAACAAUCAGCAGUGAUUUGUCUUAUACUGUAUUAAUUAUCUGUUGAAUAUGGGUCACACAGAAUAUUAUACUUUCAGGUAUACAGAAAGUCUCAUAUGGUUGUUAGUUCUUUGUAACCUUCUGCAUCUGAUGUAUGAAUUUACAUUGUAAAUUAUGUACAAUAAAAUAAAAAUGGUAUUACUUUUG